UGGAGCAGGCACAGCGGAACCUGGAUGCAGAGCAAAUGCAGCAGCAGCAGCUGAAACUACGGGACCGGCAGAAGUUCUUUGAGGAGGUUUUUCAGCAUGAUGUGGAUUUCUUCUUCCCAAUGUCUCACCUGCAGAUAGAGCAUCGGAGACCUCCCUUAGGCAGCAUUUCCUCCAUGGAGGUGAACGUGGACAUGCUGGAGCAGAUGGACAUGAUCGACCUGUCAGACCAGGACAGUGUGGAUGUAUUUCUGGGCUGUGGGACAGAGGAGAGCAGCAUUGUUGGGUCCCUGCCAGGGGCAGACGCCAACCAGUGCCCAGAGGAUAUCACCCUGCAAGUGCCCAACACAGCCGAGAGCAAGUCUCGCAUUUCCUCCACAUCCUCUGCUUCCACGGAUCUGAACAGCCUGGACACCAGCGAGGAGGGGGCUGAGACCCCCGUGGUGCAGUCAGAUGAGGAGGAUUUGCAGGAGGACAGUACCAAAGAGCAAGUGGCAAGAAGCUAGCAGCCAGCUCUGCCCUGCUCCCAGCCUCCUCCAUACGGACUUGCCAGCCCAGAGGAAGGAAAGCUGCUGGUGUUCAGUAAACUCCAUCCUGGACUGCUGCCCUGCCAGAGGGGAGAGAUGAUUUUCCCCUCCUCACCCUCCAUGGGUUCUCCUGGCAGCCAAAGGAGAAGGAAAGGGGUAUUGUAAACUCCCAAAAUUAACUCUUCAGGCUUUGCUGCUAACACUCCCUGCUUCACUCCCCUAAAACACACAGCAUCCCACAGCCCCACCAUUCCCAGAAAGCCAUCCCUUGGGAUCCCAGUUCCCCCAGUCCUACUGACAGGUUCUGUCCAAAGCACUUAACGAUGGCACACAGGAAAAUAACACUGGUCUAACCAA